UGUGGAAUGUUAACAAUGCAGCGAGUGUCCAACUUUGUGCUGCAUUUCUGAUCCUGCCUGGAGUCUGGGGAGAAAAUGGAGGCUCAUUUCAUCAUAUUUACCCAGUUCCUCCGUCUUCACUGAGCCCCUCCGCUCUCUGUACGCGCUCCUCAACCGAGAAAUGGACUUUUAAAGUUGGCGUUUGACGGGAUUUACUCUCCAAUCUGAGUUAUUCUUGCUACUUCUAUCACAUGGCGAAGAUUGGCAGCAUCAUGGUUUGGCUCUACGGUGCCCUCGUGACCGGCUGCAUUUCCUGGAAUAAGCUGGAACCUGAGCCUUGAAAACUACACCAUGGAAUGCCUGUAGUACCACACUUCACCUUCAUCCACCCCACCAGCAUCUGCAGGAAUCAGAAACACAAAGAAAGACACAAACAAAUAAGGGACACAGAGGAGGACUCCCAAAUCUGUGCCUCCGAUCUGUGCUCCUGGAGACUCUUUAUCUAUUUAGGUCAGCCAGCUUGAAAGGGAUCUUUUGAAGGGUGUAGGGGAGUGAGUGCCAGUUUGUGUGUGCGUUUCCCUUUUAGAGUAGGUGCCUGCCCUGGGCACUGAGGCCAUGAGGCCCAAGACUUUCCCAGCUGCCCCGUAUGUGGGCAACACACGCCAGAGGCUUCAGGAGAUCAAGGAGGGGCUGAAGCAGCCUGCCAAGCUGGUGAGUCAGGCCCUGCACGGGGGCAGCUCCCGGACAGAGGGCGGCAGAGGCGCCGAUUGCAAGAGCGGGAAAGACACGGCCAGCCGACAGCAGCAGCUCAGGCCCCCACAGAAGUUCAACAACUACCAGAAUGCCUUGCGGGAAAUCCGCAAGUCCCUCAUGCCGUUUGCCAAUGAGUCGGGCCCAUCCUCCGGGUCAGGACACCCUGCGGGCGCUGGGGAAGUCAACCGACAGAUGCUACAAGACCUGGUCAACGCCGGCUGUGACCAGGAGAUGGCGGUUCGAGCGCUUAAGCAGACAGGAAGUAGGAAUAUCGAAGCGGCCUUGGAGUACAUCAGCAAAAUGAGUUACCUUGACCCUCGCAAUGAGAUCAUCGUCCGUGUCAUCAAGCAGACUUCACCAGGAAAAGCUGGCAUGCCAAACUCAAUGGACCACCGACCUGCGUUAGAGGCUUCAGGUGACACAGGUGCCAUGCCCCCGUACCACCAGAUGGGGGCACCCAUGUAUGAGGGGGCAGCUGGAUAUGGCCCUGAGGGUGAGAUGCCCAGACCCUACAUGAACUACAUGAUGCCCCCGUCUAAUGCAGCACAGGGCCCUGCCAUGGGAAACCCGAUGGGUCGACCUCCCAGUAUGGGCACCUAUCCAGCAGUGAUGGCCACCCAGAGCAACCCCGCCAAUGCCAUGUACCCUCCAGGGGCUCAGCAGAAGGGCUACCCUGGCAGUAUGGAGCAGCACGGGCCCAUGAUGAGCUACAAUGUCCCUGGCCAACCUCUGCAGCUCCAGCCUCAGCCACCAGGGGGCCCUGUCCCAGGCCCCCAUUAUGACUACGGCCAUGCCAGACCGCACAUGAUGGAGUCUGCAGGCUAUGGAGUCAAAAGGACCGCCUCCUUCCAGAACAAAAUGGCACCACCUCCCAUGGCGCCCCCAGACAACUAUGUAAACAUGCAGGGGAAAGGGUCCAUGGUCCAGAAUGGUCCAGGAGGAGGAGGGGGAGGGUACCCUGCCAACCUGUACCUGCCCCCUCAUUCCCACCCUCGGCAGGCCAGCCCUACCUCCCACCAGGUCCACAUGAUGUCUCGUUCCCCCGGUGGGGUGGCAGCCAUGGGCCCUGACUUCUCCGAUAUGCCCCAGGGCUUAAUGACACCAUCCAGGGCCAGCCUCAACCUGGACCUGUAUGAGCACCACUGGGCGGGGCCUCCGGGUCCUGAAGGGGCCCCUCCAACUAGGCAAUCCCAACCCCAGGGCCCAUUCAGGGGGGAGGUGCGUGUCCCCAGCAGAACCAACUCCUUCAACAGCCGCUCUGCAGGGCCCAAUGGUAUCCGGCCAGCAAUGACUGCACCCCCCCCAGCUGGCAAACAGGACCCCUCCUUGGGUCCCCCAAACACCAUCACGGCUGUAACGUCCCCGCCCAUCCAGCAGCCGGUCAAGAGUAUCCGUGUGAUGAGGCCAGAGCCCAAGACGGCUGUCGGACCGUGUCACCCCAGCUGGAUGACUGCUCAGUCCCAGGAUGCAGGUGAGCCUCUGGCCUACAUGCCAGAGGAACCAUACCCUCUUGAGCCUGCCCAAGAGCCACGCUGCCCACCACCACCCUACCCCAAAAACCUGCUCAUGUCAGGUGAGCCAGGGGCCCUUGAAGGAGCCGGAGCCAUGUGCGGAGCUCAGGACCUCAGCAACCCUGCUGCCAGAAGCACACAUAGCAGCAGUGGGGGGAGUGGAAAGGCCGAGGAGAGCCAGCAAGUGAAAGAGAAAACAAAGAUGGGCAAGGGAGAAAAACCAGUGAAAGACAAGAAGCAGAUCCAGACGUCCCCUGUACCGUUGAGAAAGAAUGGACGUGAUGAGGAGAAGAGAGAGUCACGCAUCAAGACCUACUCACCUUUCGCUUUCAAGUUCUACAUGGAGCAGCACAUAGAGAACGUGAUGAAGACCUACCAGCAGAAACUGAACCGUAGGCUUCAGCUGGAACAGGAGAUGUCCAAGGCUGGCCUAUCGGAAGCAGAACAAGAACAGAUGAGGAAGAUGCUGAACCAGAAAGAGUCCAACUACAACAGGCUACGCCGUGCCAAAAUGGACAAGUCCAUGUUUGUCAAAAUCAAGACGUUGGGCAUAGGAGCCUUUGGUGAAGUGUGUCUUACACGCAAGGUGGACACUGGUGCACUUUAUGCCAUGAAAACACUGCGUAAGAAAGAUGUCCUCAACCGCAACCAGGUGGCCCAUGUGAAAGCAGAGCGUGACAUCCUGGCCGAGGCAGACAACGAGUGGGUGGUGCGUCUCUACUACUCUUUCCAGGACCGUGACAGCCUCUACUUCGUCAUGGACUACAUCCCUGGAGGAGACAUGAUGAGCCUGCUCAUCAGAAUGGGCGUCUUCCCCGAACCUCUGGCACGCUUCUAUGUGGCGGAGCUGACGUUGGCCAUCGAGAGCGUCCACAAGAUGGGCUUCAUCCACCGUGACAUCAAGCCCGACAACAUCCUUAUUGACCUGGACGGACACAUCAAGCUGACGGACUUUGGCCUCUGCACGGGCUUCCGCUGGACGCACAACUCCAAGUACUACCAGAAAGGGAGCCACGUCAGACAGGACAGCAUGGAACCCAGUGACUUCUGGGAUGACGUGUCAAACUGUCGCUGCGGGGACCGGCUGAUGACACUGGAGCAGCGUGCCAACCGGCAGCACCAGCGCUGCCUGGCUCACUCCCUGGUGGGAACACCGAACUACAUCGCACCAGAGGUGCUGCUGCGCAAAGGUUACACUCAGCUGUGUGACUGGUGGAGCGUAGGAGUGAUCCUGUUUGAGAUGCUGGUGGGACAGCCGCCCUUCCUGGCCCCCACACCUACCGAGACUCAGAUCAAGGUCAUUAACUGGGAGAGCACCCUGCAGGUGCCUCCUCAGGUCAAACUGAGCCCGGAGGCUGUCGACAUCAUCGGCCGCCUCUGCUGCUCCGCAGAGGACCGUCUGGGUGCCAAUGGUGCUGGGGAGAUCAAGGCUCACCCCUUCUUCACCCAGAUGGACUUCUCCAGCAAUCUACGGCAGCAACCAGCCCCCUAUCGGCCCAAGAUAGCCCACCCGAUGGACACGUCUAACUUUGACCCUGUGGAGGAGGAGGGUGGCCCCGGUGCGUGGAGUGACAGCGGGGACAGCACACGGGCCUUGGACAUGCUCUGUUCCCCACACGGGAAGCACCCAGAGCACGCUUUCUACGAGUUCACCUUCCGCAGAUUCUUCGACGACAACGGCUGCCCCUUCCGCUACCCUAAACCGCCUGAGGCCAGCGAGGGCCCGCCAAGCGUCACUGGAGCCACCUGCAUGGGCCCAGAAGAGGAGGACGAGCAAGAAGAAGAUGAGGAAAAAGAGGAAGAUGAAGAGGAGGAGGGAGAGCAGGGGGAGGGAUGUGAGCCGGUGUACGUGUAGAGCUGCAGGCUUCCUGAACGGCGUGUGUCUGUUACUGCCGACUAAUGCUCAUCAUUCAGCUCACAACCCUCCCACUUCUUCUGUGUGCGUGCGUGUGUGUGCGUGCGUGUGUGUGCGUGUGUGUGCGUAGAGGUGUGCAUGCUACACAGAUGUGUCUGUGUGUAUUUAUGCAUAUCUGGCAUGUGUGACUGUUAAGUUGCAGGAGCGGGACUAACCAACAUCGCCACCUUGUGGAAUCUAUAGUGUGUCCACAGUGACUUCAAGUACAAAAACUCCCCUGAUCCGGGACCAAGAAACAACAUUCUGUAUGUGACUGACUGCAUCAAUGGUGAAGUUAGAAGAACAAGACUCAGAAACUGUACAGGUUGAAAGGAGUUUAGUUAAUAUUCUUGGGAAUGUAAGCAUGUCUGGAUCACAGACAAGGUUUCUAAUUCGAGGACUGCGUCUGGAUCUUCCAGCGGUUUCUUGUCCCAUUCCUUCCACCCUUGGUCUUACGGACAACUGAAACGCCUCCGCGGUGAUCUUCUGACACAGGAGCUACUCCCUGUUCAACCUGAGCUGCUUUACACUCAAAUAUUGGACACGACAAUGUGAAGAGUGGAACCAGUUUACUCUAAUCGCGGGAGUGGGGGAGGGGGGGACUGAAUAAGCAACACGCCUUUUCACAGCUGCUGCAAAAUAAGCUACAAAGACACAAUGCAUGCACGUGCACACACUCACGCACACUUUUUCAGUGCAGGUCGAGCUCAGUCACAAAGGGCGAAACAGGCGUUGGUGUCUGCAGGUAAGUGUCCAUAUCGACGUUUCAAGAAGUUGGCUCAGACUAGAUGGACGAAUAAAUUCUCCCAGAUUCCAGAAAAUGCGUCCUUUUUUCUACGUUUAAAUUUCUACAUUUGUAGCAGAUCACAUUUCAGAAAAGUAGAAUCAAAUUAAUUAAACACAAUAUUUUUGGUUGCUCCACCUAUCUUCUAUAUCCACAGCUGCCUCAUUUGGUUGUUUAUUAUAAUGUGUUUGGUCCUUCAGAUGGAGCCUCAGAGGUCGCUGUUACAAAUAUCCUCGUGUUCAUAACAUUGUUUUGUUACUGAUUCUCUACUCGAACUGACAAUUUCAAAGCUCACCUCCAAAACCUCAACCUCAAACUCAAGUUCUGUUGUAGCCAGAUCCAAGACUGAACCACUUAUUAAAACCAGAAAUGUCACUAAGCCUGACAUGCAGUGAAUUUCUGCUCAUAAAUGACAGGAAGAAUUGGAUCAGAUGAGACAUGUUCCUGCCCUGAAAUGAUACUUCUUGUUUACUGAUGGGCAGGUUGCUCACGCAACAGAAUGAAUCCCAACCGGAUUCAUGUAAGAGAAAUCACAGCCAAACCUAGACAGGCCUGAACACGUCGGGUCACAUUGGCCUGAGUCGGUUUCUGACUGAGAAUCAAAACUCUAACACAGACACAGACACACACACACACACAUAUACAUACACAUUCACCAAGAUGCACAUUUUUUUUACAGCUAUUUUGCAAAGAUCAGUCCCACAGUUGAGUUGUAACUUAACCAGCCUCUUCUGUCUUCAGGAGGCAGUCAUGAAAACACAAAGCAACAUGUUCUUACAACAGCAAACGUGAUAGUAUGACUAUGUGCAAUACAAAAAAUACAUUAUAUAUAGUUUUCUAAACACUUAAUAUCCUUUUGAACGUUUAGUACUGAAAUGUACAAAUAUAUUGGUUUAUAUAUAUUUUCUCUUUUCAGUUACAACAUGCUGCUUAAUAUUGUGGUUAAUAUUAUUUACAUUAUUAUAAUUGUUAUUACCUGUUUUCUUUUGUUGUGGCUUAAAGGAGUGUUGGCUUCAUCGCCAAGUGUGCUUGGGUUUUUGCAAGUAAUGAGCUGUGUGCCUUUUCUAUUUGAAUGUCGGGGUGCGUGUCGAAGGAGACGGCCGUGAUGACGAUCGGUGUUUGCAGAACAUUGAUGGUAGACCCUUCGCCUUCUGCUGCCAGGCUGGUCCUGAACGCAGGAGAGGAGGGUGUAAAAGGAUUCUGGUUCAGGAAGAGAUAGAACAGAAUUAGAAAUAGUCAGAGGAAGAGGAGGAGUGAAGCAGGUUGGAUUCAGGAAAUGUCAUUUGAAAAAAAAGAGUGAAUAGCUUUCUCUAUUUUACAAAACUGCAAACGGUUAAACUUUCAACAAAGAGUUAGUGUUUGGUACAUUUUCUUUAUUUAUCUGAAAUGACCACAAGUUUGAGUGUUGAUUAAUGCUGUACUGUUACUACAGACCUGUGCCAUGUUCUGUAUUGGAGCUCUGCUAUCAUCCAGUGCCUUCUUGCUUGUUGACAAUCAGUAAACAGUAACUGCUCUCUCUGUGUCAAACCAAACUGUUUAGUCAAUUAAUACUAAACUGUUCCAGCAGUAUUCUGAAUUUGACUUAAUGACUGGGAAUGCUGAAGAAGUCACAACUUUUAAGUGAUUCUCUGAUGCAUAACUGGCAGAUUGAUGGAAAACGUGGAUCAGAUCUGUUACAGAAGAUUUUGUUGUUUUUUAUUUUUAUUUUGCUUGACAAUGUAAAGUUUGUUUUUCUGUAAAUGUGCCUUGUGUUCAAAAGUGAGCAGCACAAUCUUAAAAGAUUGCCCUCUUAUUAUCAUCUCUUUUUUUCACGGACCUCUUCUCUACCUGUUUAUCAUUAUUCUUGAUAUGGGGAUGUUGACUGAGCACGCUCUGUUUCACAUUAACACUGGCUUUGUUUACUUGCACCAACAAUCCUCCUCUUAUUAUAGUCAGUAACUUACAGUAAAUAGAAUUAGAUCAGGCAGAACUCAACUUUUGACAUCAAGGACUGAUGACAUGUAAGAUAUGUGUCUCUUUCCCUUAAAGUCACAUGGAAAUACACGGGAAUAGAUGGCAUUUUCCUUUAACUCAAUGUAUUUCUUGUUGCAGCAUAUUGUUUUAGCAAAACAAAACAAAAAGUAAAUUUGUAAAGCUGCUGUUUUUUUCUAGAUCGAGGUGGAUUGUUCACAUUUUAAAUUUCAUAUCACAGACUGACAUUUGUUGCAUGGAUACACAGAAAACCUAAUGUACUCACAAUGUGAAAGAAUCUUUGCUGUUUGUCAUGAAUCUAUGUAAUAGUGGCUUAAAGUGAACUAAAGCCAGUGUCCUGCAUGUAAACACAGCCAGGGUUGCAUGUGAGCUGCUCGGAUAAACCACAUUCUGCUACAGAGCAGCACCCCUGGAUCAAUUAUGGGUGAAGUGUCUUGUCCAAGUUCUCCAUCACUGAGGUUAAAGCACGCGGGGUGCUGUUCUUUCACUCUUCCCCAUUAAGUUUUUCUUUGAGCUGGUCCAGUAUGUGAGCAGACAUCCUUCCAUUUCUCUCAACCUCCCGCUGACUGCGUUGCCAAUCCACACUGACCAGGACGGACUGCUUCGUGAAAAAUAGCUUUAUAACGAGAGCCGCAGCUCUCUGCAGAGUGCGUGAGGUGUUUCCUGGAUGUGUUUUUAGUUUUUUUGUUUGUUUUUUAAGGUUAGAGAGUGAUGACUGACAAUCUUUGACUGACUCGAUAUCCUCCGAUCUGAUUUCUUCACGAGACUUACUUGUGUAUCCUUCUCAUUUUGUAUUUUUACUCUAAGGGGCCUCUUCUUGUCUUCGAAGCUCCUUAAUGUAUGAUGCAAUUCUGUUACUCUUGAAUUUAUAUUUAUACAGAUAUACAUAUUUUUUGUAUCUUUUUUCCCCUUUUUUUUUCAAUUUCCCUUGUGCUAAUGUUCAAAAAUCCAUGUCUACGCAGUAUUAUAAAUGGUGUAAUGUGGACAGCUAUCUCUUUUUUUACAUUUAUGUAUGAACUGAGAAUUGUAAAAAUGCUUUCACAGUCCUUGUGUGUAAAAUGUAUGUAUAAAUUAAAUUAACCAACUUGGA